AUGGCGCACGACAAACGUGCCAGAGAAUUGGGCAAGGAAGUCUCGGUGCAAAGAAAUCCCCUUCCUCUGCGACGCCGAAACGAAGCCAGGCACGGGCCCAUUUCCGUCAUGAUUCAUACUGACAUUCAUCAUCGUUCGUUGGUGCCGGCACCUGGCCAGCUAGGGACGACGAUUUAUGCUACGUCGCCGGACGUGACUAGGGCCGGCUGUACACCGUACGUUCUGCGCACUUGCACCGUAGAGCCUGCUCGUAAAGUAAUACUGCAGAGAACCCCAGAGUCAGUUGUCGACCACUGUUUCGACAUUGCAGCACUGGAAAGUACUGUACAAGCACUCCAUGCUAGCACGCAAGCACUGUACAGUACACUGGUUGCUAGUGCACACUUACUCCAGUCGGAUGGCCCCGUCAUCCCCAUCAUACCUACUCCAUACUGUGCUGCAGGUACCAACGCAUCCAUCCAUCCAUCCAUCCAUCCACCCAUCCAUCCAUCCCCAUCAUCGCCCGUUCAGCUCCAAUUUUCUCCUUCCAACCUCAACCCUCGCGUCGGCUCGUCAGUCCUGUCCACGCUCCCCACGAAUCGCGAUCCAAACUCCAGCAGCGCCUUGGACGCAGCAGCAGCACGCCUGCGACGACUAGUUGCACACCGACCUGCACCUGAACAUACUCUUUGGAGGACCCGUGCAUCGCUUCAAUAUUGUCUGGCACAUACGCUGCACCAUUUUCCACGCAAGUCCCUCGCCGGUACUCCGUACACACACAACUAUACAUCAUACCACCCACCUACCGUUGCGACGGGCUCGAGCACCGGCAUCGGCUUGCCGCACGCCCUCACCUUCUCUCUUCCUCUCUUCCUCUCUCGCCCACCCUCCUCUCGCCGCCGUCGUCUCCCAUCACACGCCGGUCCCUCAUGCUAG